GUCAGCGGAAGCAUCCGAGAUCUUUUAAACUAAAAUAACAACAUUCGCGUUUUUACCAAAUGAGAGAGCGUAACGCUCAACUAGCGUGUUACGACACGACCAGGCAGAAGCACAAUUGAGUGGCCUGCAGGGGUUUGAGUGCAUCUUCAUGCUAUCGGUCAUCUGGGCCUCAUGGAUGAUGGACAGUGGCAGAGCGAUGGCCCAGUGAGGCGGGGAGGAGUAAUCGACCAAGACCUCCUAAACGACUCCGAGUCUAGCCGCAGCCCAGACGAGAACCAGAACCGGCUGGUUGAGGAGGUGGACGAGGUGGAACAGGGGCCCUUCCAACAGGAUAACAAUAAUAAUGGUGACAAUGAAGAUUAUGACCGCUCCAAGGUGGAGGAUGAAGAAGAAGAGGAGGAGGAGGAGGAAGAAGUGGAUAGUAACAGUGGCGCAUACUCUCCAGAGCUGGAUGGACAAAUUCGAGAUUCGCCAACACCCAGUCCCAGUCCAACAGUGUCAGAGGGCCUUGUCAGCCCUGAAGGGCCCCCUUGCAGUGAUGCUGGUUUGCCCCAGGGCUUCAGUCGCUCUCUUGCUGUUUCUCUUCAGGAGUUGGGGGAGCAGGGAGACCAUCCACUUCUGCCACAGUAUCUCCACCAGAUUGCAGAGUCGUUUAUACGCGAGGAGGACUAUGAGAGAGCAGUCAGGUUUAUACAGCUAGAGAGACUCUUUCACGAACGCCUGUUGUCCAACCUCGCCACCCUACAGGAACAGUGGGAGAGGAGAUUGAGUUUGGUUGGCCGGUGGCAGGAUGGCAUAGAAGACAGAGCGACUGACCUGGAUGCAAAACACCUGGACAAACUGAGACACAUCUGCAGAACGCACAGGCAACCUGUACGGAGCAUUGAGAAGUGUGAGGUCGUGUCCAAAGUGCAUAGGAACAGUGUGAUGAGUGACAAACAGGGAGGAGAGAACAACCUGAACACACAAGUGCUUUCAUGCAGCUCAGGGACGGUUAUGGAGGAACACAGUACAAAUGACACACUCACCCAGCCUGAUGAUCAUUGCAGCACCACCCCACCACCCCAGCAGAGCAAACAGCAGCAUGACCCCUCCCCCUUCUCAGCCACACCUACUUCCUCCUCCUUAGCAGUGACGGACAGCUCUUUUUCUCCAGCCUGUGAGGAUGCAAAAGAAGGAGAGGAGAGAGUGAGUUUGGUGGAUUCCCACCAGGAUGCAUCAUUGGAGCCUGCGCAUCUACCAUCUGAGCCUCAAAUGGACACCGUCGGCUCUGGACCGGUGAUGGGGGACACUGUGGAUACAGGGCAGCAUGUGGUGGAGACACACACUGAGGAGAAAGAGGAGGUAGUUGAGGAGGUUCUGAAGCUGGAUCAACAGGACGUUCAUGAGAAUAAUCCUGAGUUGGAUCCGGAAGAGAAUGGACACGGGGUUGAGACGUUGGACAUCACGACUGUACCCACGCUGGAUGACAUGGCCAAGCGCAUAAAGGUGGAGGAGACCACUCCAGCUGCAGGCCUUGUGUCUAUCUUAAAGAGAAGGGCAUCUCUGGAUGGAGCCAACAGUCCCACCCCUGCUGUCUCUAAGCCCAUCUCAAAACGAAAGGUCCGUUUCCAAGAGCCUGAAGAAGGACUGGACCAUGAUGAGGUGGGUGGAGACUCUUGGCUGCUGCUCCUCUUGUUGUGCUUGGCUACUGUGGUGAUCAGUUUGGGCGGAACUGCACUCUACUGCACUUUUGGAGAUGCCCAAUCCAGCGUGUGCACAGACUUCUCCCAUAACAUGGACUUUUACAUCAGCCAGGUGCAGCGAGUCAUGGAAGAACUCAAACACUGGCUGUCCCCGAGCUCAUAGCAGGACAACAAAGGGAAGUUUGAGAAGGACCGGCUCUUGCCAGUUGCCUCCAUGAUCUCUGAAGUAACGUGAAUGUAUAGUGGCUGACAACAAAAUGGUACAAUAUAUUUGAUGCUGAGACUUAAAAAAGGGGAUAUCUAUCCCUGUGAAGACUUGGGAAACCACUUGGCCAGUUUUUCACUCAAGUAGCCCACUGUUUACUGCCAUCAACUGAACCUCAUAAAAAGAGACUUCGUUUUUAAAGUCUUAAAUCAAAAAUAUUUAUAUAGGGUUGAUAGAAUUGUGUCUUUUUAUUCAUACAUAUAGGGAUUGGCUGUGUUCGGAAUGGAAUACUAUUCCACUUUUUAAGAAAUGCUGCAUAGUAUACACACUUUAUACUAUUUUUUUUAAAUACUAAGUGAAAUGUUUCAGACAGAAAUAUGCUACGUUUUUGUCACGUUUCCUUCAGUGAGAUUUAUUAAAAAAAAAAAACAGUUUAUUCCAUUUAUAUUUAAUAAAAUUACAAAUUAAUUUGUUAAAAAUGUUAAAAAAUUGCAGAUACAGUAUGUCAUUCAGGGUAUUCUAUGCAUACAGACAAUUUGCACAAUAUUCAUACUAUAUACUGCAGAAUUUAAGAAGAGUAGUCUGCUAUUCCGAACUUAGCCAAUGACUACCGCACUAAAGACAGAAUGAUGGAUGUAAACAUCUGUAGCCUGGACGUAGCAUUCUCCUGUGGCGGGCUUGGAUGGUUUUAUGGAAAUAUGUUAAAGGGACAGGAAAGCAAUAUAUGUAUAUAGAGAAGUCAUUAUAUAGUAGAUGGAAAGUCUUUAAAUGUGAAGUGUGUAAUUUUUUUUAAUGUUAAAAUUAGAGGGGCCUGGGUAGCUUAGCAAGUAAAAACGUUGACUACCACACCUGGAGUCACAUGUUCGAAUCCAGGGCGUGCUGAAUGACUCCAGUCAGGCUUCCUAAGCAACCAAUUGGCCCGGUUGCUAGGGAGGGUAGAGUCACAUGGGGUAACCUCUUCGUGGUCGCUAUAAUGUGGUUCUCGCUCUCAGUGGGGCACGUGGUGAGUUAUGCGUGGAUGCCGCAGAGAAUAGCGUGAAGCCUCCAUACGCGCUAAGUCUCUGCGGUAACGCGCUCGACAAGCCACGGGAUAAAAUGCACGGAUUGACGGUCUCCGACACUGAUGCACCUGAGAUUCGUCCUUCGUCACCUAGUUUGAGGUGAGUCCCUACACUCAAGGACUUGGAGUGCAUUAAAUUGGGGAGAAAAAGGGGAGAAUUUUUUAUUUUGCUCUAAAUUAGAGCUUUGUGUUAAUACAGCUUUUUAGAUUCGAUUCCAAUUCACAAGCUUUCGAUUCCAAUCUCAAUUCAAUUCGAUGGGUACAUUUAAUUUACAAUGUCCAUUUUGCUUACAUAUAAAAGAAAUUGACUCUCAGCUAAUGCUCUUAAUGACAGGGGCGCCGUAUCAUGGCUGACCCUGCACUCUGACCCCAGCUUAGCUGGGAUAUGUGAAAACUAAUAAAUUUCACUGUAUAUAUGCAAAAAAACUGUGUGUAUAAUGUGUGACCACAAUAAAGGAUUCUUCUUCUUCUUCAUAAAGGAACCUUCUAGGCAACCCUUUUUAGGUACAAUUUGAAAAUAAUAAUUUUACCAAUUAUAUUUUAUAAUUAUGUAUAAAAUUGGUCACAUUUUAGCUUUGGAAUUUUUUUUCAAAUUAAAUCUAUUCCAUCAGUUAAUAUAUUGAAAUAUAAUAUUUUAUGUUGCAUGUAUAUUUUUGUAAAAUGUUUAUUGUUUACUUGCAUAAUUUGGGCUGUUUACAAGUAUUUAUAUUGAUAUGUAGAACACAUGCUUAAUCUGUACUGUCUCUUUAAGACUAGCGGCGUCAGCCAGUAAGCGCAUAUAACGAGAGAAGACGUGCAUCAUUUCUUUUGCGCAUCCAUGUGUAAUUAGAAUUUGAAUGUUUGCACAUGUGAGUUAAUUUCUUACAUUAUAGAGGGUUGCCACAUAGAGUGAAUGAUCGAUCUUGGGAUUUAAGAAUCGAUGUUGAGAUGGAUCAUAAUAUCUACAGUAUAUUUUUACCCUACCCUAGUUAAAAUACUUUCACUUUUCCCAGAUUAGUAUGCAGACACAAGCCAUUCGUAGGUUGAUUUCCCUGAAAAGUGUAAAUACUAUGGCUCUGUGGUGCUAUCAAGUCAUUGCUCUUUUUUUUAAGCAUCUCGACCAGUCUGACAAUUCCAUUUGGUGAUUAAAUUGGCGCUGAAAUUACACACUUCACCUUUUAGAUGAGCUUGGCUGUUGCAAAAAUGUCCUGAAUUUAAUAUAAUUUGCUCAGGCACAUGUCUUAUUAUUCAUCUUAACAGUUAUUGUAAUCAUGGUAUUCAAAUACUUUGUUUUUAUGUUGUUAUAACAUGACCUCAUGUUUUAACUAAAUCUGAUGAAAGUCACAUUUAUUCUUAUUUUGUUAUUGUCUUAAGUACAUCAUGUGUGUGUUCUACCCAGUGUGUGUCUCACAUUAACUAUUUUCAUUUUGAAGCUAAAUCUUUCUAUGAUUAUGUUAAUAUAAGUCUGCAGUAAAUGAAGUUAAAGUAAUUUGUAAAUUUAACACAUAGUUGUCCAUUUGCUGUGCUCUGCUCAAGCUCAAAGUACUGGGCAAGAACUGUAAGUCUUUAUUUUGUGGUUUUUUUAUUUGUAUGUUGUCUGGCUGGUUCAGAUGACUGAGGAAUGUCUUACUGUGUGAGUUUUCAGUAUUUAUUUAUUGCAACAACGUCUUUUAGAAUCACUCCGUUCUGGUGCAUGCACUCUCUCUCUCUCACGUUCUGUACAGAGAUGAUUUGUAAUCUUAUAAUUGUUUUUUCUUAAUUUUAAUUUUGUGUAUAUACCAUGUGAAGAUUGCUAUAUUUCCUUAUUGUAUGGUUCAGAUCUGUUUAGUUAUUGUCUCGGGAGAAAUUUGAAAGGUAAAAGCAAUGAGAUGUUUUUGACCAAAAAUACCUGGUGAAUAAAUCUUGUUGUCAGGACUGAGUUGUCUAUGAUAUUUGAUUGAAGUACAGAUGUUUGUAAAACUGUAUUAUUUUAUCUAUUAAAGGAAUAUUCAGGGUU